AUGGCGCAGUUCUGGACCUCUCACCUCGGACUCCUCGUCGGUUGCGAGAUCGUGACCCUCGUCGCUUUGAUCUUGUUCAUUAUCGCUUUAUGCGCGGGUAUCUCGCGCGGUUCGCUCGAAAGAUUGGCGAUGUUCACGGUCGACACCAGCUCUUUGACUAGCACCACGUCGACCAGUGCCCUAGCUAUCAAAGAGUGGUACGAGGUGCACUACCUCUCAAUCUGCUCGGGGAUGUGGAAUGGUCACGUCGCCAGCGCGGGCAAGAACCACAGCACAAUCAGCUGCACAUCCCAGAGCGCCGGGUACACCUUCUCCCUGGCCCAGAUCAUCGGCGGCGGCGAUGCGGGACAGCAGCUCCUGCUCGCAUAUCACCACCGUACGCUGGAUACCAAAGCUCCAUUUGUGCUCCUCGUGCUGGGCAUCGCUAGCAUGGGCCUCACCGUCCUCAGCUUCCUUUACGGCAUUGUCGCAUUACGGACCAAAACCAGGCGAAGACAACUUCACAAGAAAGAGAUGCCGCUUGUAGUCUUGCGCAUCGGGUUCUUUGCGUGCAUCGCGUCAACGAUAUUACUGACAAUCUCAUCUGCGAAAGUCACUGCGUCGGCAGGGAAGAUGACUGGCAGGGUCCAGAUCGGUGGUGGGAGAGCCAUCCAUGCUUGGAUGAACAGCGGAUUCUAUGCAGUCACCUGGAUUGGCAUGGCAUUUGUCUGGGUGGCGUUGGGACUGGAGAUUGCGGCGGCCUUCAAGAUUGCUGCCGUGUUAGAACCUCGGGGGAUGCAGGCUGCGGAGGUCGGUUCAGAAGGAGGUUAUAAGUUGGCCGGUUGA